GAAAGGGGUUUUUUUUUUUUUUUUUUUGGUUUUUUUUUUAUGAGAUCACAUUUCAGGCUAUUGAGGCAAGACGUCAGCGAAUGUCUGCAUGUGAGGAACCCUCAGAUGGGGUGUUGAUCAAAUUUAAAUAUCCAAAUGGACACACCAAUAUGAGGAAAUUCCGUUUGUCAGAGCCAAUCCAGAUCUUGUUUGACUUUGUGGGACAAGAUGAUAUUGCCAGUGAAAUCUUUGUGGUGCAAGAAGCUGCAUCAUCAAGAUCAGUUGAGAGUAGUUCCUCCGGGUCAAUAAUGGAUCAUGGCAUUAAAGCAUCCUCAACUCUAUAUGUGCUUUGGUUUUCAAAUAAGGAUGUACAGGUAAAUGUGUUGCAUUUUUAUUUCCUGACUCGAAUGAAAACUGAAUGUGUUUUGAUUUGUGCAAGCUCAUGUAUUAUGCAUGUUUGUCUUCAGGAAAUUCUCUCAGAUCAACAAAAUGGAGCUUAUGCCCUACACCAUACAUCUCACGGUCAGUCAUCACUGUCUGAGACCUCCACCCAGCCAAGUCUCUCUGAGCCCCCCACCCGCCCUCUGCUGCCUGAGCCCUCCACCCGCCCUCUGCUGCCUGAGCCCUCCACCCAGCCACCGCUCACUCUGUUCUCACAACCACAAGAAAUCCUGACUCUUUAUGAUGAACCAUCACUCUCUCCUUCAUCUGUCCAAGAACCAAUCAUUAUUCUUGAUGAACAAGAUGAGUCGGUUUCACAGAAUCAGCCUCCUGUAUCAACACAUCACCUCGGAGGACCUGUGGAUGAGAUUGAUCUACAGACCAUAUUGAAAAAAAUGGUCAGCAAAGUUGAUGGGAGAUUCUGUCCAACAAGCAACCAAAUAAAUGUGUGCAGGGAUAAUGUUUUACUUUGUAGCCUGCGGGCAUUCAAGCGUAGGUUCUUCAACCCUGAAGCAAAAUUGGAUGUUGUUUUUGUGGAUGAAGAUGACAAUGGUGAAGGGGCAGUUGAUGAAGGCGGCCCGACAAGAGAGUACCUAAGGCUGUUGAUGAGGGCCGUCCACCAGUCAAAUAUCUUUGAGGGACACGAGAAAGACCGGCAGUUGUCUCUUGAUACUCAAGCUUUGCAGACUAAACUGUACAUGUGGGUGGCAAAAAUGAUUGCUGUGUGUGUGGUCCAUGGAGGAGUCGGUCCACAUUUCUUUUCCGAAAGACUUUUCAAUCAAAUCUGUGGGAUACCAACACCACCGGCCAUGGUGGAUGAAGUUUGUGACCAUGCUUUCAGGGAACAGUUAAUAAAAAUACAGGAAGCAACAACAGUCCGAGAGGCGAACAGCGCAAUUGCAGAGGCAGCAGAUAGUCUCAGCAUUAUAGGUGCCUUAAGACAUGUGUCCAGCCUGGAGGAGAAGGACUCCCUUGUCCAGUCAGCUGCAGACUUCUUCGUCAAUGGAAGAUUGGCGACUGCCCUGGACCAGUUUGUUGAGGGGUUAAAAACACUUGGUUUACUGGAGGAGCUGAGGAAGAAUCCGGCAGUGUUCUACAACAUGUUUGUCAGUGAGGAGAUUCCACUGCAGGCGAAGGACCUAUGCACUUUAUUUGAUGUGGACUUCUCUGUGCAAGGCAGCAACAGGAGAGACCGAGAAAACAUGACAAUAUGCUUUUGGCGUGACUGGUUAAUUGAUAUUGAAGAAGGAGAAUGCAGUCCAGUCACCCUAGAGAAGGUAUUGGAGUUUACAUCUGGUGCUUCAACAGUGCCUCCACUGGGAUUUCCACACCGUCCACAAAUUCAGUUCCUUCAUGAGGGCAACAGAAUCUUCCCAGAAGCAAAUACUUGUAUUCUUGUACUCCGCCUGCCACUGCACUCUUCCUAUGAAGCCUUCAAACAACACAUGAUUGAGGGAAUUUUGCAAGCUCCAACCUUUGGACUUGCAUGAUGUCACUGUGUGUAAAACGUAUUAAUGGAAAUUCAGUUUUCACUUGAGCUGUGUUUCUGCUUGAAAGUUAUUGAACAGAAUGCUGUUGAAGCAACUCACUUCAACAAAAAAUUUAGGUGCAGUAAUCCUGUUCAUUUUGCAUGAGUAACAGUUCGAUUCAGUUGAUGGCGGUUAUUCAAUAUUGAGCUUUUUGAGCUAGCUCAAACUUGUGUAGUUUUUUUUAUUAUUAUUAUUUAAGUUAUGUUUAUAUAUCUUAUUUGUUUUGAAAAUGUAUUUUUUUUACCUGGCAUUAGCUCCAUCAGCUGCACUGCCCAUACCACCUUAUUUUAACAGAAAAUAAAACUUAAAGAGGUUUAAACUUAAUGUCUUUCAGUCCUGGAUAAUAGAUGCAGCCAAUUAACUUUUGUCUCUGGGCUUGGAAUUGGACUAUACCUGUGUUUGCAAAAUACUGAUAAUAGCAGUACAGCAAGCCUGAUAUUUUAACUUUAGAUCAGAAAGGUGUUGGAUUGCAUUGUGUACAGAUGUCUGUUGUUGCUGAGUGAGGAUGAGUUGAGGUGGCUCUACAUUAACAGCUGGGAACUCUUCCUCAUCAAGUGUAGGCAGUGUUUGAAUUCCAUACUGUGCUAGGAUGGCAUCAAUGUUUUGGUCGCUGUAGGGAUUUUCCCCAAAGACAUUGUUGACAGCUGUGCUGUCUGUUGCAAUGUUUUUGAGCAUACCCUCUGUCCAGGGUUGAGAUGGUGUGUGAUUAUUGUACUGAUACUGACUAUAGUAACAGUUAACCAAGAGAGGGCGCCAUUUAGCUACAUUGCAUUAUGUUGUUUGUUAACAGAUGUGAAGCAAUAAAGCACUCUUGAGAAUGGCA